GUGACUGAUAUUAACAUGCUCAGGAUAUUCAAGACUUUUCUUGAGACUACACCACAACUUUGUGUCCAGAUUUAUAUCCUCAUGGAACACGGCAAAAGUAAUUUCUCUCAAUAUGUUGCCAUUAUUAUGUCCUUUGGUGGUAUCUCCUUUUCAACAGUUGAUUAUCAGAUAUCAUUACAAAAAUCUCUGCCUGAUAAAGAUGAAUUUCCUGUGCUUUCCAGGUUAGUGUGUCUCUUCUAUAAAUUGCUUACCAUCACUUCGUGGAUACUCAGCAUUACAAUGAUCAAGUUAUUAAGUGUUAGAAGUUCUGUAAUUCUGCCGAUAUUUCUUUGGAUCUGUGGCUUCACCUGGACUUUGAAACAAGGUACAACAUUUUGCAAAUCUAAGAAGAUGGAAUAUCUGUACAGAACUGUUGUUGAAAUCAUUCUAAUUUUUACCUUUUUUAACAUAAAGGGGAGAAAAACAUAAGUUUCUAUUUAUUAUGCUACUCAGACUGUUGUAACUCUGGGUAUUUUGUUUGUAUAUAUAUUCUGGAAACCUUCCGUUAUCAAGGAAAUCAGUUUUACAAUUGUGAGCAUCCUAACUAUUCUUAGUCUGGCAUUAGGUAUUAUUUUUCUUGUUGUUUAUUAUAGGUGUUUUCAUCCCAUUGCUUAUUGCAGACCACAUGCAUGUUCAGAUGAAGUUGAUGGAAAGGCAGGACAAAAAGAUAGAGUGAAAAUCUGUAGAUUUCAAAAUUUCAUAAUGCAGUGAACAAUGUAGAUUUUUUUUUAUUGUGUGGACUUCAAAGCAAAUGCUUGCUGGACAGCC